GCAGAACAGCGCCAGCGAAAUCUCCUCUCCACUCACUCACGCAUCAACCUCACGUCCUCCAUCAAGGCAGCGAUGUCCUCCCUCGCCGCCCGCAGUCUCCUCCGCACCACCAGAGGAUUAAGCCGAAGUACUGCUCCGCUGUGCUCUUCGUCCCGUCUGCUCCAGCAAUCCGUCAAGUCCUCGUCCACCACCCGAUUCUCGCAGCUGCAAUCCGCCCGAGCAUUCUCCACCACCAUGGCGACACGCUCCGGAGCUCCGAUUCCUGCGGGCAAGGCCGAGUACGAUCAAGAGAUCAAGGACAUGGCCGAUUACAUCCACAACUACAAAAUCGACUCGGACCUCGCGGUGGACACUGCUCGCUUCGUCUUCCUCGACACCAUCGGCUGUGGUCUCAAGGCCCUCGAAUUCCCCUCAUGCACCAAGCUUCUCGGGCCCUCCGUCGACGGCAUCACGGUCGAGAACGGCACUCGCGUGCCAGGUACUCCAUACGUCCUCGACCCGAUCAGCGGUGCGUUCAACAUCGGUGCCAUGAUCAGAUGGCUCGACUUCAACGACUGCUGGCUCGCCGCUGAGUGGGGUCAUCCCUCGGACAACAUGGGAGCUAUCCUCGCCGUGGCCGACUGGAUGAACCGCACCAACAAGGCCGGAGGCAAGAAGAUCAACAACGGCAAGACGUUCACCGUCAAGGACAUUCUCGAGGGCAUGAUCAAGGCCCACGAAAUCCAGGGUUGCUUGGCGUUGGAGAACUCCUUCAACAAGGUCGGUCUCGAUCACGUCGUGCUCGUCAAGGUCGCCUCCACCGCCGUCGUCUCCCAGAUGAUGGGCUUGGACGAGGAGCAGACCCGUGCCGCCAUCUCCCAAGCCUGGGUCGACGGCCAGAGCAUGCGUACCUACCGCCACACCCCCAACACCAUGUCCCGCAAAUCGUGGGCCGCCGGUGACGCUUGCCAGCGCGCCGUCGACCUCGUGCUCAAGGUCAUGAAGGGCGAGGGUGGAGUUGGCACCGUCCUCUCCACACCUGUCUGGGGUUUCUACGAUGUCAACUUCAAGGGCAAGAAGUUCGAGUUCCAGCGUCCCUACGGCUCGUACGUCAUGGAGAAUGUCCUUUUCAAGGUCUCUUACCCAGCCGAGUUCCACUCGCAAACCGCCGUCGAGGCCGCUGAGCGCAUCCACCACCAGCUCAAGAAGAUGGGCAAGUCGGCCGAGGACAUCGAGGAGGUGACCAACCGCACCCAUGAGGCCUGCAUCCGCAUCAUCGACAAGCAGUUCAAGCCCAUGGACAACUACGCCGAUCGCGACCACUGCGUACAGUACAUGGCCGCGACCAUGCUGGUCUUCGGCCGCCUCACCGCCGACGACUACACCGAUGGUGGUGAAGCCGCUUCCUCCCCUCUCGUCGAGUCCCUCCGCCAGAAGAUCGCUUGCAAGGAAGACCCCAAGUUCACCGAGGACUACCACAACCCAGAGAAGCGCACCAUCUCCAACGCACUGACGGUGAAGCUGAAGGAUGGUACGGUAUUGGACGAGGUCGUCAUCGAGGCGCCACUAGGACACCGUUUGAGGAGAGAGGAGGCCAAGCCGGAGAUUCUGGCCAAGUUUGCCCGUCACAUUGAGCCGCAUUUCGCAAAGGAUCAUGUGAAGAAGCUCGUGGAUCUGCACAACGACCCCGCGGCGUUGUACAAGAUGCCCGUGGAUGAGUACAUGGAUUUGUACGUCAAGGAGAAGAUUCUGUAAGAGGUGUAGAGAUAUGCUGUCAUGGAUAGGCGCUGUAGAUUUCGACAGAAAGGCCAUAAAAAGGAUUCUUGGGU